GCGAGGUGGCCAUGCUGGAGGGUACGGAGGGAGCGACUGGGAGCCCGUCGAGAAGCCCGGGUGACGCCCCAGUCCAGAGAGUGGGCGGGGGCGGAACGCGCGAGCGCGCGGGGCGGAGCCGCGAGUUUCUGAGUGGGCACGCCCGAACUGCGCCCGGCCAGCACCCGCGGGCACCGAGGCCCCUGCUGGCCAUGGCCGCAGGCUGCCCGCCGCCGUGGCUUCUGAGAGUCCUCAUCGCGCUCCUCCUGGCGCGUGCGGCCUAUUCAGUCAGCAGUGAGUCCAUUUAUGGAGCUGUGAACCAGACUGUGACUUUCCACAUAUCAAACUCAUCACCCCUUACUGAAAUUCUCUGGACGAAAGAGAAGGAUAAAGUAGUUGAGUGGUACCAUGGCUCUGAUCCCCGAGUGUUCCCCCCCUUUACGGGUAGGAUUCACUUAAACACCACGUCUGGGGACCUUAACAUCUUAAGUUUAUCCUCAUCAGAUGAAGGUGUCUAUGAAUUUGAUAACACAAAGAAGAAGUUCUCUUUAAGUGUGUUUGAACCUCUUCCAUCUCCAGAAAUAAAUUUAAUAUCAAUUAAUAGCAGCAUUAUAGUCAAAUGUUCAAUCCCAAAGUCUUACCAAAGCCAUUUAGAAGAUAUAAAAGUGUCAUGGAACUGCUCUGUACCUAAGUGUGCAAAUAGUUCAACAUUUGAAAUACAAUUUGGCGAGACAGAUCAUCGUCCACAGAAAAUAUGUUGUAUUGUUAGCAAUCCAUUGUUCUGGGCAAAUUCAUCAUUUUCUUUGCCAGUGACUAUCUCAGCACCUUAUUCAAGGGACAGGUGGCGUCCAGUCCUGUCUUUAGCAGUUGUAGCAGUUGUAGCAGUUGGUAUUUACACCUGUGUACGAAACACUAGAUCUCCAGGAAACGUGCACCAAACUUCAGAAUCACUGCCGGAGCCAAAGCCAGCCUGUGACAAGAGGGAAGGGUACCAACCACAGGGAUACUCCCAAAGGAGAACAACCACAGGGAUAUUCCCACAGGGUACCAACCACAGGGAUAUCAACCACAGAGGAAACACGGACCAAGCUUCAGAGUUACUGCAGGAGCUAAAGCCAGCCCAUGACAAGCAGGAAGAUGAAUGAUAAUAGAGGAUGGACGCAGGUGUAUUGUGAGUUGACUCGGGCAUUGCAGAACCAUUCAGGUUACAGUUCAGUGUAACCAUGUCUGAACAAACUCUGGUGGCUUCGCCUGCAGCCUCUGAAGACACAGUCGCUGCAGUCACUCCCCAGCUGCAGCUCCAUACCCCGACCUCAUCCCAGCCCCCAAAGUAACAGGGAACUAUUAACGGAUGCCUCAGAAUCAUCAAGAUAAACUGUUGGCAAACAACGCCUUUUGCACAGCCAGAACUCAGCCACUCUGCCAACCCACUGCCGGGUGUCUGGCCAGUCCACAUGUGGGCACUUUGGAAAGUAGGUGGCCUCCUGGUGUUGGCAGGAUGGAGAGAGACAGGUCCGAGCUGCCUGUGGCCAGCAUUGGAGGUCUGGUGGUGGACAUUACUGCAGCAGAUGGCUAGGUGUUUCCAGACAACCAAGUCUCCAGGAUGUUGUUGAGUCCUCUCUGAAGAAGCAGUAGCUGAGAACUGGGCGUGCCGGCCAGACACUACUUGUGCUGUCACAGCAGCUGUCUGAGCCACUCCUGAGUGGGCCUCUGAGUGGGCCGUGCAGGGGUGUCUUUGGAGCACUUACCUCUACAUCUCAGGGAAGACUCCGCAGUUCUCUGUGUUCAGUUUGGAAGCAGAUCUGGUGCCGAGUGUAGGGUGGAUUGUGGGGAUUAUUUUAUGCUCUAACUGCAUCCCCAUAGGACGUGACCCAAAUGCCUCACAUCCUAUGCUCCCAACUUGAGUCACAGCAUCUCCCAGUAGAAAACCAAAUGCCUUAAAAGUUCAAAUUCAGUGACAAAAUGAAUGAGAAAGGAUUGUCUUCAGAAGUCGAUCUUAAAGACUUAGAAGUGGGAAAUCUAAUAGUGAAUUAAAAAAUAGCAACUAUGCAGGAAAUCAGUGUGCUGUAUCAAAUGAAGUUUAAUUUGCUGUCAAACAUGAGCAAAAUAAAGGACAUAAAGGAGCAGAAGGAAUUCUUCACCUGACUGAAGGUAUAAAAAAUUCCAGAAAUGCUGCAUCUAAAAGCAUGCUGAAGUGAAAGUCUCCAUGGAAAAUAGAGCGAGGGAUUCAGUACAUCAGAGAAAAGAAUGAUUGGGGUUGAGGAUAAGGUUCCUGUAACGACUCAAAAGGAAGAAAGACAAAUGAGAUUUAGGGAAGAAUGAUGAAAUCCUGAAGAACUAGAAGAAUCAGACUCCAUUUGUAGAGGAAAUAUAAAAAUAAUGGGUUAAUCAGAAGGCAAGGAGAGUCUUCUCAAGGAAAUCACAAGUGAGAACUUCCUGAUCUGAAAGAACUAACCACAGGCAUUCAGAAAGGUGAUAAGAGUACCACAGAAUCUAAAUUAAAAAUAACUUCGAGGGGCUGAAGUGAUAGCACAGCAGGUAGGGCAUUUGCCUUGCAUGUGGCCAACCCUGGUUUGAUUCCCAGUAUCCCAUUUGGUCCCCUGAGCACUGCCAGGAGUAGUUCCUGAGUGCAAAGCCAGAAGUAACCCCUGUGCAUCACUGGGUGUGACCCAAAAAGCAAAAAAAAAGAAAAAACAAAAAGCUUCAAGACUAAUAAUAAGCAACAAACUGCCAGGGUAGGUGAAAACAAUGCAGACUCAUUGCAGUAAGCAAAGCUCCAAAUAAAUAAUCUCAACUUGCAUUUGAAGAAUCACAGAACAGGCCACAGCAGCAGUACAGCAGGGAAGGUGCUUGCCUUGAACACAGCUGAUCCGGGUUCAGUCCCCUGAGUCCCACAAGGAGUGAUCCAUGAGGGCAGAGCUGUAGGGUUUAGCUGAGUGGUAGAAAAUUUUGUGCAUGUGUAAGAUGUGUACAGUUUGACCGAUAAGAAAAACAUUAACUGAUAAUAUGCCUUGGUUUCUACUCUGUGACAAAUUUUUUAUGACUGUGCUGUUGAAACUUAAAUAAGUGUAAUGGGGUCAGAGUGAUAAUACAGCAGGUAGGGCGUUUGCCUUGCACGUGGCUGACCUGGGUUCAGUUCCCGGCCCAUAUGGUCCCCCAUGCACCCCCAGGAGUAAUUCCUGAGUGCAGAGCCAGGAGUAACCCCUGAGCAUUGCUGGGUGUGACCCAAAAAGCAAUAAAAAAUAAGUGUAAAUGGAGUGUUUAGAGAUAACCAAGAGGUUCUGCUACUUUUUUUUCUGAUUAAAUGGAAAAGAAAUGGGGUUGGAGAGAUAGCAUGGUGGGUAAGCUGCUUGCCUUGCACACACCCAACCAGGGUUCCAUCAAGAAGAAUCCAGAAUGGAUUUCUUCAGUUAGAGUUAAAAUGAUCUCAUCUUAAUAUAUGUUAAUUAUAGUAAUAUUACUAUUGUUAAUUAGUAUUAACAUAUUAAUUGUUAUAUUAUACAUGUUAUUGCUGCCUUCUAGAGAUGUCUACCCUAUGAAAUAUGGCAGAAAUAAUUCUCUUUGCAUUUUUGUAUUCCAGAUACGAUGUGAAACAUUGUGUCAGAUAUUUUCCUAUUACCUUACCUACUUAAAAAACAUGCUGAUGUAGAAUCCCUAUGGGAGGUUUUAUUUUAAAAAACUAAAAUUUGUGGGCUGGAUGUCAAACACUUGCCAUUCUUGGUUCAGACGGCCCGACCACUUACUGUUCUCUGACCCCACCAGGGGUCACUGCUGAGCAAGCCCUGAGCAAGCCCUGAGCACCGACUGGUGAGGCCCCCAAACAAAAAAUUCUAAAAUUUCAAAAAUUUUUUGUAAAAUCUUUAGAAAUUUUAACUGUUAAUCUUGACAUGCCUGUGAAAUUUAAGUGUUUGUGAGGCUUUUUUUUUUUUUUUAAGUUUGAAUCAUAGGUCACUUGCCUUGGUGCCCAGGGCUGUUCCCGGGCUAUUCCUGGCCCUGCAGUUGAACAAGCCUCCAGUGUGCAAAGGAAACUAAGAAUAAUCUGAGUCAUCUUGCUUCUUUAUUUUAUUUUUUGAACCACACCUGACACCCAUGGGGCCAUAUGGGUUGCUGGGGUUUGAACCCUGAUGGGCUGUGUGCAAGGCAAGUGCCCUACCCACUGUACUAUUGCUCUGACCCCAAGCCUUAAUGAUUUUGAUAAUGACAAGCAAAGUUGGAAGGUUGGUGUGCUGAUUAAAAAAAAAUCCUAAGAAAAGUCAUAGCUAACUAUAGAUCUGUCUUUGCAAAAGACAAAUGAGUAAUAUUGCUAUCCAAAUAAUUUAUGUGAUCAAACAAUUAACAUUCUUUGUCACCCUGUACUCUCCUACCUCCUCCCCACCAUCCCACACAAAUUCUAGAGACUCUUGGGUUAAAAAAAAGCUAAAACUGGGACCAGAGAGCUAGUGCAGAGGGUAGGGCGCUUCCCUCAUGCAGACAGCACAGGUCCUAUCCCCGGCACCCAUAUGAUCUGAGCAUCUCCAGGAGUAGCUCUUGAGAGUGGAGUCAGAAGUUACCCCUGAGCAUCUCUGGGGUGACCAAAAAGAAAAAAAGGGGAAAAGCCCAAAGGCAAGGAAAGCCAAAAUGGCCCAGGACGAUCUAUGGGUGGUGAGGUGCGUGCCUGCAAGCACCCUGGCACCUUUGAACACAGGCCAGGAGCAGCUCUGGUGUGGCCAGCAUAUUUUGGAUGGCUGUUGCCAUAGUCCCUGAUAGAAACCUCCUUGCUAUAUUCUUUGCCUGCAAGAACACAGCACCUACACAGCCAAGGAUUUCACCCCUGAGGCAGAUGUCACAGGCCAUGAGAGACCCAGAGUGAGCCUUCCCACCACCCUGUGUUCUCCUCAUUACCAUAAACUUCUCAUUAUCAUACCCAUCACCAUAAGCACGCCUUAUUAUUGUACCCAUCACCAUAAACUCAUUACCAUAUAAUUAUCAUAGAUGCUCCUCAUUACCAUCCUAAGCCCCUCCCACCAUCAUUUCCCCCAUUCUCUGUACAAGCCUUCUGGGUGAUCCCUACUGCAUGUACUCACCUUCCUCCCUCCUGAAUCUACAGUUUUCUGAAAAGUAGCUAGAAUAUGAGUUGCUACAUCACCAUAACCCUGGGUUUAAAGCCAGGCCCCUCUUCCUCGGUUUCCCCAGUUCUCUUGCAGCCUUGCUCUGGUGGAAAGGCUUGAGGUGUAAAACAUUUUUUUCUGUUUUGUUUGUGGGGACACACCCGGUGAUGCUCAGGAGUCACUCUGGUGACUCUGGUGGUGCUCAGGACCAUAUGGAAUGUCAGGGAUGGAACCUAGCUGGGCCACAGGCAGGGCAAGUGCUGCGCACGCUGCCUAUCACUGUAGCCUUUUUUCUAAGACUCAGAAAUGUAUUUCAUGCUCAAGUGCAAUUUUAAUAAAAGGGACCAACUUAGACUAGUAAACUUUUGUGACUGUUUUGUAGACUCCUUUCUUUUUUGUAAAAUGUAUCUGGGUCAAAGAUACAGUACAGUCGGUAGGCACUUAGUUUGUUUAUUGCUAAGGGUUUGAUUCUCUGAGCCUGCCAGCAGUGAUCCCUGAGCUCAGAACAGGGAGUAAGCUUGAGCACCCCUGGGGGUGGCCCCAAAACUAACCUGUUAUCUGCUGUAUGCAAGUGUGAGAUAAGGGCAUUGUUUGCUGUAAACAGAUAUUCAGAGAAAGUUAAAAACUGCUUACUAUUAUAUCUGGGUUCUAUUUUAAUGGGGGUUUGCUAAUAUUUUUGAAAUAAAAGAAUGUUGGAUUCCUUUAUUUUUAAAUAAAAAAUUUUUUAUCCA